AUGGCGGACGAAGCCGAUGGCGGCGCGCCGUCCUUUUCCGAACCUCUUGACCUGGUCCGCCUAUCGCUCGAUGAAAUCGUCUUCGUGAAGCUGAGAGGAGAUCGGGAGCUCAAAGGGCGCCUACACGCGUACGACAGCCAUUGCAACCUUGUUCUCGGAGAAGUCGAGGAGACAGUCUAUGUGGUGGAGGAAGAUGAAAACGAGGAAGAGAUCAUCAAGACGAUAAAACGACAGGAAGACAUGCUAUUCGUUCGAGGAGACUCCGUCGUCCUGAUCUCGCCGCAAUCCUCGCCGUGA